UUAGGCAGAGACGAAAACCAACGGCCGCGAUGCAACAACAAUGAUCGUUAGUGGAGCUCGCGGCUUUUCUUCACCACUCUCCGUCGCCUCUUCCUCCUCCGCCGCCGUAACCGUCAACGUCACGUCCUUCAACGUUUCCUCUCUCUCCUUCAACCUAAACAUCAUUCCCUGCUACCUCGUUAGACACUGCUCCAGUUCAAGCUCGAUUCUCCUCCGUCCCCUUUCCUUCUCCCUUCUCCGCCAUCGCAGCAUCUACUCGCGUCGCUCUCUCCGCCGUCUCUCCUUCCAUGGGAACCAAAAACCAUCCUUCUCCCAGGCUAAUUCCACUGCUCAGCGAAGCGUGACUUUCUUCGAACACGUUGCAGGCAUCAAAGAAUCGAGAGAGAAAACCAUCGAUUUCGGGGAUUUAGAGUCUGCGAGGAACGACGCAAGGAAUUUCGCGACUCGGAGAGUAGAGACUGAUGUGGAAGUGAGAGAAUUAGAAGACUUGCCUGAAGAAUGGCGACGCUCGAAGCUUGCUUGGCUGUGUAAAGAAGCUCCGUCGCAUAAGGCCGUGACGCUUGUGAGGCUCUUGAAUGCUCAGAAGAAAUGGGUUCGUCAAGAAGACGCUACUUACAUCGCUCUUCACUGUAUGCGGAUUCGUGAGAACGAAACAGGAUUCAGGGUGUAUAGAUGGAUGACGCAGCAGAAUUGGUACGUGUUCGAUUUUGGUUUAGCGACGAAGCUAGCUGAUUUCUUAGGCAAAGAACGGAAAUUUACGAAAUGCCGAGAGGUAUUCGACGAUAUUUUGAAUCAAGGGCGUGUCCCAAGUGAAUCCACGUUUCAUAUUCUUGUGGUUGCUUAUCUAAGUAGCUCAGAGCAAGGCUGUCUCGAAGAAGCGUGCAGCGUUUACAACAGGAUGAUUCAGCUUGGAGGUUACAAACCGCGUCUUAGUCUGCAUAACUCUUUGUUUAGAGCUCUAGUUAGCAAACAGGGAGUGCCGUCGAGUGAUGACCUUAAACAAGCCGAGUUUAUCUUCCACAAUGUUUUGACUACCGGUCUUGAGUUACAGAAGGAUGUGUAUACCGGAUUGAUAUGGCUGCAUAGUUGUCAAGACGAAGUUGACAUAGACAGGAUAAACUCUUUAAGAGAAGAGAUGAAGGAGGCGGAUUUUCGAGAGAGUAAAGAAGUUGUGGUCUCGUUACUGAGAGCAUAUGCAAAGGAAGGAAGCGUGGAAGAAGUUGAGAAGACAUGGCUUGAACUGCUUGAUUUAGACUGUGGUAUACCUUCUCAAGCGUUUGUGUACAAAAUGGAAGCUUAUUCAAAAGUCGGCGAUUCUGCGAAAGCGUUGGAGAUCUUUAGAGAGAUGGAGAAGUAUCUAGGUGGUGCAACAGUUUCUGGAUACCACAAGAUCAUUGAGGUUCUAUGUAAAGUCCAGCAAGUGGAACUUGCGGAAUCUCUCUUGAAAGAGUUUGUAGAAAGCGGGAAGAAGCCGCUCUUACCGUCAUACAUCGAGAUAGUUAAAAUGUACUUCGUUUUGGGUUUACAUGAGAAAUUGGAGAUGGCUUUUGUUGAGUGCUUGGAGAAAUGCCAACCUAGCCAGACUAUAUAUAACAUAUACUUGGAUUCAUUGGUAAAGAUCGGUAGCCUCGAGAAAGCAGGGGAUGUUUUCGAUGAAAUGAAAAGCAACGGGACAAUCAAUGUGAAUGCAAGAUCCUGCAACACUCUUUUGAAGGGAUACCUAGAUUCUGAAAAUCAUGUGAAGGCAAAGAAGAUAUAUGAGCUGAUGAGUUUAAAGAAAUACGAAAUCGAGCCGCCGCUUAUGGAGAAGCUUGAUUACAUCCUGAGCUUGGUGAGAAAAGAGGUGAAGAAACCGUUGAGCAUGAAGCUAAGCAAAGAACAGCGCGAGGUACUGGUUGGUUUGCUAUUAGGUGGCUUGCAAAUCGAAUCAGACAAAGAGAUGAAGAGCCACAAAAUCAAAUUUGAAUUCAGAGAUAACUCUCAGGCUCAUGUGAUCCUGAGACAACACAUACAUGACCAGUUCCGCGAGUGGUUGGCUCCUUCGAGCGAUUUGCAAGAGGAUAUACCGUUCAACUUCUCUUCAGUUUCACAUUCCUACUUUGGAUUUUACGCUGAGCAUUUCUGGCCAAAGGGUCGGUCUGAGAUUCCAAAACUGAUUCAUCGGUGGCUCUCACCACACUCACUGGCUUAUUGGUAUAUGUACAGCGGCUUUAAAACAUCGUCCGGAGACAUUAUAUUGAGAUUGAAGGGAAGUCUAGAAGGUGUUGAGAAGGUAGUGAAGGCUCUGAGAGGGAAGUCUAUGGAAUGUCGUGUUAAGAAGAAAGGAAAAGUUUUCUGGAUCGGACUUCAGGGAACAAACUCGGCUUGGUUCUGGAAACUAAUAGAGCCUCACGUAUUAGAAGAGAUGAAAGAUCAUCUGAAACCUGCUUCUGAGUCAAUGAACAAUGAUGGAGAUGAAGAACAGAGCAUCAACUUUGACACAAGCUCAGAUAAUAGCAGCGAUGAUAGGAUUGAUUAUACAUAUCAGAUGAAAGUCAACAAUGUUGAGGUGUGAUAACAUCGUUGAAUUCUACUCUUUACAGCAAAUAUAGGAAAAUAGUAAUAAGUAGAUUCAACUAAGCCUCUUGAAGAAAAUUCAUCAUAAGGUUUUCUCUGCAAUAUGUGUAUUGAUGCCAAACUAGAUACCUGGCCUUCAAUGAUGAUAAAUUUGAUAAA